AUGUGUAAGAGAUAUCUCACCAGACAGUGGACGAUGAAGACGGUGAUCCAAUCACCCCUAGGCUAUCUUUCUGCAAGUGGAGGCGUGGUCAAUGUUGUUAGUAGAAACGGCAGCGCGUUUUUGCAAAGCCUGUACGGAAUAACAAAAUCGAAGCAUGACUUUAUCGGAGGUCAGUUAUUCUAUGAACGCAGCAUGCUGUCACCUUCGGAGGCACUUAUGCUGUUGUGCUACAUCAAUGGAAAAGUGUGGCUUUGCGAGAGUCUGACGGUUAUGGAGUGUGUUCGAUCGACCGUCGAUAUGAAUUAUCCUUUGUGGGUGGAUAAAGAGCAGAGGAAGUCGAGAAUCCUGGAAAUGCUACGACUUCUUCAGCUGGAUUCGAUACGAGAUAAGUUAGUGCGGGAUCUCUCCCACCCGCAGCAAAUCAUGCUACAAAUAGCGCUCGAGGUCCAGUCGAAUCGCCGCGUGAUUUUGCUGGAUAAUGCCUUCGAAGAUUUUUCUCCUGCAGAUUAUGGCAUCAUGAUGAACUAUUUGAAGACGGUGGCUCGGACGGGCGUACUUUUCCUCGUUUAUUCCAAGACUCCAAUUUCCAUUCUAUGCAACUAUCUGGACAGCGUGCUUGUGUUGGGAGAUCAUGGCGCUGUUCUGUAUUAUGGAGACUUGGUCGAGGGCAAGAAGGUGUUGUUCGAUCCCUAUUAUCGCGAAGAGCCCCACUACAAUGCUCUCGAUUGCUUAUUCCACACGGUUGCUCGGAAUGAUGGUUAG